AUGAUCACACUUCCAACAGACUGCUUGUAUCAAAUUUUCCAGCAUUUUAAAGAUGACUUUAAAACGUUACAUUCAUGUCUUUUAUCCAGUCGUUCUUGUUGUGAGAUUAUUAUUCCGAUUUUAUGGUCAGAUCCUUGGAGACUAAUUCAGAAAAAAAAAUCUACGCCAGAAAAAUAUAGAUUCUCUUCUAUAUCUCUUCUCUCAACAUUAUUAUCUUGUUUACCAUUUGAAUCAAAGAGACUAUUACAUGAUAACCAUGUACAUUGGAUAUCACAAACUACUUUUCUCAACUAUGUCACUUACUGCCGUUCCUUGGAUUUUUAUGGUAUUUGGGAUAUACUAGAUGUAGAUUCUGCGCAGCAUCAACCAUUUGGUAUUCUUAGCAUAAAUAUUAAAACAUUGGUGGGCCAAGAAAUUUGUAAGAUGAUAAUUCUCCAAAGCACAAAGAUAACUUAUAUGAAUAUCUCUGAAAUGUCUUAUUCACUUUUUGAUUUAUUCCAACAUUUAUCAUUAAAUGAUUCUCAAAGUCUUUCACACCUUAAUGAAUUUAAAUAUCAAGUUACUGAAAAUUCAAAUAUUCCUAAUUUUUAUAAUAUAUUUAAUGUAUGCAAAAACAUCUCCAAUCUUAUUAUUGACUUAAGCACUACACCAAGUGAAAGUUUUAUUGAUUUUAUUCGAUCACAGAAUGCUAUCAAGUCUAUGGAUAUCAUUUUUGGAUUUAAUCCCCCUUCCAAAUUAAUUAAUUCUUUAUUAUUACAUGCUAAUACUUUAACACAUCUUUAUGUUUCCUGUAGUUGUUAUAUAGCCUUUUCUAAAAUUUUUUCAGCAUAUCCCACUUUUUCAAACCUAAGAUCCUUAAAAUAUCGGCUUCGUGAUGCUUAUUACGAGGAUGUUGAGGGUGUGAAAAAGAUGAAUAUAAACUUACCAAAUCUUGAAAUUUUGGAAUUAGAAAGUGAUAAUUCUUUUUCAUAUCAAAUAAUGGCUCAAAUCAUUCAAGGAACGAAAGGAAAGCUUGAAAGAAUAUACACGAGUUACCCAAAUUAUCAUGAAAAUCCGAGUAUAAUCAAUCAAUAUAUUCUUAAAUCAUGUCAAAAUCUUAAAGUUCUUACUACUGCCGUUAAUUAUGCUACACUUGACAUCUUUUUAGCAAUAUUAACUUCUUGUCAAUAUUUAGAAGGUAUUGCAUUAUAUACACGUACCGAUGAAUUUAAUUCUAUUUUAAAUCAUUUGUCUCUACACCCUUUAAAAAAUUUAUGUAAUUUAAAGUUCUUUACCAAUGACUCUUGUGAGACUUUUUCAACAAAAAGUAUGAAAUUAUUUUUAAAAACUUUAGAAAAGGAAGA